AUGACCAUAGGGAUAAAAGGUCUCUGCAUGGACCUACGAUGUGGUCAUCCAUUGCUUCACAAAUUCUGCGUUUGUGAUGCAAUAUCACUGAAAGUUUUAUUGAUGCCUGAGCCCAGAGGGAAUGGAAAACUAAAAACAGAUCUCCAAGAAACUCUUUCUGAUUCAUGUAUGGAUCAAUCUAAAUUAUGA